AUGACAAAACCGAUAGAGAAAUCGCAACUGCCAAAGCGCAUAAUACUCGUGCGGCAUGGGGAAAGCGAAGGGAAUGAGAACGAAGCUGUUCUUGAAUACGUACCCAAUUACAAGAUCAAGUUAAGCAAAAAAGGGAUCCAUCAGGCUCAGCAAAUAGGGUCGAAAAUAAAGGAAAUCGUUUCCGAAAAUAAAGGGUCGAAAAUGUUUUUCUACGUUUCGCCUUCGAAUAGAACAAGGGAAACAACGGAACACAUGAUAGAGAGCACUAAUUUUCCUAGAGAGAGAGUGGUUGGAGUGAGGGAAGAGUGCAGGCUGAGGGAGCAGCAUUUUGGGAAUUAUCAGGAGAUAGAGGCGAGGAGGAAGAUUAAGUGCAAACGGAACAACUACGGCAAAUUCUUCUACCGAGUCCCUGACGGUGAAUCAAGUGCCGAUGUUUACGACAGAGUUUCUACAUUUGUUGAAGGAAUGUGGAGGGACAUGGAAAGUAACAAAUUGAUGAGCAUGAUUAGUAAUAAUAAUAAUAAUAAUGGGGGAGAUGAGGAGGAGGUGAGCUUGAUAGUGGUGUCCCAUGGGUUGACUAUUCUUCUGUUUCUAAUGAAAUGGUUUAACUGGACAGUUGACCAAUUCGAGAACCUAACGAAUCCAACAAACUGCGAAUAUAGAGUCCUUGAGCUUGGUUUCAACGGAGAAUACAGUCUUUCUUUUCAUCACCAUCUUCAUCAGCUUCAAGAAUGGGGUCUGUCCGAAGAUAUGAUUCGAGACCAACAGCUUCGUGCUCACGGCCGCCCUUAA